ACAUUCGUUAAUAAGUUUCCUUCUUUCACAACAAUUUCCUCUUAAUCCAAGCAUAAAAAAUUGCACACUUUCAUGGCACAAAUUUCCAACUCCUCAGAUUCAUUGUACAACUUUGUUGUAAAAGAUGGAAAUGGGAUCAAAGGUUUAGUUGACUCAGGUUUAUCAGAGGUUCCAAAAAUAUACAUACAACCCAUAAACAACAGAAUCAACAAACUAAACUCAAAACCAUGUGAAAUUCAACCUAUUGAUUUAUCAAAACUCAAUGGGCCAGAACAUGAAAAAGUGGUGGAUGAAAUUGUUAGAGCUGCUGAGACACUUGGAUUCUUUCAAGUAGUGAAUCAUUGUGUUCCUCCCGAGUUGUUGGAAUCACUUAAAGAUUCAGCACACUCUUUCUUCAACUUGCCACCAGAGGAGAAAGUUAUUUACCGCAAUAGUGCGAGUAAUACGAGAUAUAAAACUAGCUUUGUACCUGAGUUAGAAAAAGUGUUGGAAUGGAAAGAUUAUAUCAAUAUGGUUUAUAGUUGUGAUGAAGAUGCUCUUCAACAUUGGCCUAAUAUAUGCAAGGAAGUUGCACUUGAAUAUUUGAAGUUAUCAUCCAAGAUAGCGAGAGACUUAUUAAAAAUAUUAAUUGAUAAACUUGGAGUGAAACUAGAUGAUUCAAAAAUGGAGAGUCUUAUUGGUACGAAGAUGGUUAACAUGAACUACUAUCCAGCAUGUCCAAAUCCAGAACUCACCGCCGGUACAGUGCGUCACUCAGACUCCGGAACUAUCACAAUUCUUCUUCAAGAUGGAAUUGGUGGAUUGCAUGUUAAAUCAGAAGAUGAGAGUAAUGAUGAAAAAGAAGUGUGGCUUGAAAUUCCUCCAAUCCAGGAAGCUUUAGUCAUCAAUGUUGGUGAUGCUUUAGAGGUACUUAGCAAUGGAAAAUAUAAAAGUGCUGAACAUAGAGUACUGACAACUUCCACACAAUCAAGAGUAUCAGUUCCAAUGUUCAGUCUUCCUAUGUUUACUGAGAGGAUUGGCCCAUUUCCAGAAUUGGUGAAGAAAGAUGGAUUUGCUGGUUAUAGAGAUGUCUUGUGGCAGGAUUAUAUGGACAACUACUUUAGGAGUUCUCAUGAUGGAAAAAAGACUCUUGAUUUUGCAAAAAUCAACUCUACUUAAUAAUUCUAUAAAAGAGAGUAUGAAGUAUGUGUUUAAUUUUUUAAAUGAGUUUUAAUUUAGAAGUCAGUGGACAAAUAAAAAGUUCUUGUAGUGGAAAGGCCAAGAGGUUAGUGGUCUUUUAAUAGAACUCAGUUGCAUUUUAAUUCCUAGAAUAGUAGUAUCUUGGGUCUUUAUAAAGACUUUGUUGUAUUUUCAUUUCAAUAAGCAAGAGAGCAAUAUAUAAAGUAGUAUUUAUAUCAACAAA